AUGACGGAAAUAUCUAGAGCCCACUUGAUUCCUGUAGAAGGUCGCACUCGUCCCUCCCGUCUCUCUAGUCCUUCUCAUCGCUCCCGCUCUUCCCGUCGCCCUUAUUGCAUCUGUCCUGGGCGCCGCUCCCGUCACUCCCGUCCCAGUCAUGCCUUCUGUCCCUCCUCCGUCCCUCCCGUCCUUCCCGUUGCGGACGUAAGUCCCGUCCCUCCCGUCGCCCAACACCCUCCAUCCCUUCUGUCCCGCGCUUCGCUUCCGUCCCGCAUUCGCUCCUGUCGUUCUCCUCCCUCCCGUCCAUCCCUUACCUCUCCGCCGCUCGUCAUCCGUCCCUCACUCGAUCCGUCGCGCACUCCCCCCGUCGCUCGAACGAACCCACUGCCCAAACAGGGCAAUCGUCUUGCGUCAGCUGAUGACCUAGGUCCAGUCGCUGACACACUCCCGUUCCGCACACUCACUCUCGCGGCUCACGUACUCCCGUCCCUCAAUGUGUCUUGUCGCUCACACACUCUCUUCCCGUGCUCACUCACUCCGUCGCUCGCUCACCUUGUAGCGCGCGGCACUCCCGCCUGUCUCCACACCACGGUUUCAGUUCUCCUGCCUGGACCGCAUCCUUUCAUUUCCGCAUGCAGUCACAUCAAUGGCUCUGCCAUCUGUUCGUCGUCGCGCUUCUCCGCGUCUUCCGCCUCCAAUCCUCCUUUCCCUCUCAUUCCCUCUCCUCCUUUCCCUCUCAGUCCCUCUCCUCCUUUCCCUCUCAGUCCCUCUCCUCCUUUCCCUCUCAGCCCCUCUUCCCUUUCCCUCUCAGCCCCUCUCCUCCUUUCCCUCUCAGCCCCUCUCCUCCUUUCCCUCUCAGCCCCCCUCUCAGCCCCUCUCCUCCUUUCCCUCUCAGCCCCUCUCCUCCUUUCCCUCUCAGCCCCUCUUCCCUUUCCCUCUCAGCCCCUCUCCUCCUUUCCCUCUCAGCCCCUCUCCUCCUUUCCCUCUCAGUCCCUCUCCUCCUUUCCCUCUCAGCUCCUAUCCUCCUUUCCCUCUCAGCCCCUCUCCUCCUUUCCCUCUCAGCCCCUCUCCUCCUUUCCCUCUCAGCCCCUCUUCCCUUCCCUCUCAGCCCCUCUCCUCCUUUCCCUCUCAGCUCCUCUCCACUUUUCCCUCUUCUCACGCUGCUUCCCCGCUUCGUCCCCCACUCCCCUUGUCAUUCCUUCCGUUUCCCCCAUGCCCAUUUCCCUCCAUUUACCCCAUUGUCUUACUCACUGUUUCAUCCGUGCUUGGAUCUUCCCUUCCCGUCACCAUGCUUACCCUCCCAUCCUCCCUCUCUGUUGUCCUUGCUUCUGA